UCCUGGAGGUGUCGUGUCGAGCUGUGCCUCUCCUGCCACUUUCACCACCCCCUGGUCUGGUGUGGGCUGUACCUGCGGAGAGCAAGGCAGCGGCUGGAAAGCGUCAGGGAAUCACGUUACAUUUUAGGUCCUCCCAGCUUCGGGUGAUUAAUUCGCUCCAUUUCAUAGAACUGGGAUGCUUUUGAAGAAAACCCAAUGGAAUAUGUACACAAAUCGCUGGCAAUCAGCGAAGCAGUUGCAGUUCAUGGAGCUGCCUUUCACAAACCUUGAAGUAGCUUUCAUCUUGCUGGCUUUUGUCAUUUUCACCCUGUUUACCCUGGCUUCUAUCUACAGUGACUCCCAUGACAACAAAGAAGGAGAGAAUAACAAAAAACAAAAAACAAAAAAAAAAAAAACAAAAAACAAAAAA